UAUCGAGUGGAGUCUCUUCUACUGCGGACGGCGCGCCGCCUCAACUUCCUCUUGCCCAGUCCAAAUGUGGUGCAGCGGGCCCGUCAACGAGCGCCUGAGGCCCUGCCUCUCAACCUCGAACCAAUCAGUGGCCUGCACGCCGAUGGUCCGGUCGUUGUACUGGACUUUCAGUCCCUCUAUCCCUCUGUGGCCAUUGCCUACAACUACUGUUUCUCCACCUGUCUGGGCAGACUGUCUUCUCUGGAAAAGGGCAUCGAUGGCGGAUCAUUUACCUUUGGAUGUCUGGAGCAAUUUGUGACACCGGAGGAUUUACAGCUUGUUGGUGAUUAUGUUACAAUCGCACCAAAUGGCGUCUGCUUCGUGAAACGAGAGAUCUUAGAGGGUGUUCUGCCUCGCCUGUGGCGCGGACUCCUCUCCUCUCGCCUGAUGGUCAAGGACUCCAUGAAACUCUACACCGGUGACGAGGUGGGCGACAGCAUUGUGCACAAAGGACGUGAGACCCUGGAACGAGCAAUUCAGCUGGUAGAGACUGGUGAAGGUGUUCUUCCUGGUACCCCUACUCCAUGGCUCGCUGGUGGUAGCUGUAACGCGAAGGUCAUCUACGGCGAUACAGACAGUCUCUUUGUUAAAUUGUCACACUGUGAUAAGGCGACAAGCUUUCGACUAGGCCAGGCUAUUGCUGAUGCUGUGAGUCAGGCCAAUCCUGCUCCCAUUAAACUCAAGUUAGAGAAGGUCUUCUUCCCCUGCCUGCUGGAAGCCAAAAAGCGUUACGUCGGUUAUGCCUAUGAGUCGGCCGAACAAGUUACGCCAGUAUUCGAUGCUAAGGGCAUUGAAACAGUGAGACGAGACAGUGCUCCCUUUGUAGGAAAGGUUUUGGAGUCCUCGCUGCGGCUUCUCUUCGAUCAGUUUCGAGUGUGGGACAUGCCUCCAGGUUAG